AUGCGGCCUCGAGCUGCCGGCGAGUGGGCCCUGCGCGGGGGGGCGGGGCCGAGCGGCCCCAAGGUCGCGCGCGGCGAGGGGCGCCAGCAGCGCAACAAGGCAGUAGUCGCCGUGGCCCUUGGCCAGGGGCUUCGCUCGGCGGCGGGCGCAGCCGCUCAGGCCACCCUCCAGACAGGCAGCGAGAGCUUCCAGGCAUUCGACGUCGUGGAGAAUACCCGCAUGCGCACCGUAGCCAUUUUGGCUCAAGCCAUUUCCCGUGGCCCGUCCUUCGGCCUCCCGUGCUGGGCGCGCAUGGCCCGCCUGGUGGAGCGCCAGGCGUCCGAGCUCGUGGAGCUGCGGUCGGCCGUAGCGGCGAGCUCAGCGGAGGUGGAGCCGCGGGCUGCGGGCGCACAUGCCAUUCACGUCGCUGAUCUUGAAGCGGAGCUCGUGGCGGAGGCUGACGCCCAGGCGAGCGGCGGUGCGUUCCCUCCCCCGCCAGGCGUUUGGCUGGUCGCUGACCCACUGGCAGGGGCGAGGGCCUUCCGGGAGGGCUUCGACGCGGGCUGGCGCCUCGCUGGGGCGGCCUCCGGCGCUCCGCGGGGCGGCGACGGCGUGGUGCUGCAGGAGCAGUGCGUGCCCUCCUCGUCCUUCCGUGGCGUAUGGGAGGUCUGCAGCGACGGUGCGUGCGGCGGCGGGCAGCUUGCCCCUGCCGCCAGGGCAGAGCCUGGCCCACCCCGUGAAGGGGGUUGGAAGGCAGGCGCGGCGAUGGAGGUGGACGGCAGGGCCGCCCUCCAGGCGCCGCGUCGUGCGUUCGAUGGUGUGCAGGGCGGCGCUGCAAGCGAGAGCGCGCCGCGGCCCCCGCUGCUUCUGGAGAGCCUGGCGGGCCCAGGCAGCGACGACGGCUUCGAUGGCGGCUUCGUGGGCGGCCCUGUCGACGGCGACGCGGGCGGGGGCACGGCCUGCCCUGGGCCCCCCGCCCGUUCGGAGCCCGACAGCCACGCCCUGGAGUAUCUGGACCGCUUCGGCGCGGCGGCGCUGAGCGGCGGCGCGGCCGUGGAGCUGGGGAGGGGCGCCGCUGGUUCCGAGCGGGCCGCCGCUGCGGCGAGAGCCGAGCGGUGCCUCCCUUUCCUCGAUGAGUUCGGCUUGGCCGCGGUGGCUGCUGCGGCCCGCGGGCCGCUUUCGGGAGUGGAAUCGCUCCUGGACCUCACCGAAGGCCGCGCCGAUGAUUGGCUUCUGAAGCGUGAGCUUACACUCGGAGGCAGGGCAGAGGGCGAGGAGGCGCUCGCGCGACCCACUGCGGCGGCCCUCGAGAAAAGCGGCAUCGAGACGCUCGUCGGCAAGAUUGGCAACGACGCGCUGCCGACCUACGCCGCGUUCAUAGCAUGGGCGCCGUGCGUCUUCGAGGCAUCUGCCAUCGCCUGUCGCGGCGUCGCCGCAGAGGGCAGUCUCUUCGACGACGCCGGUGCCCCCGCGAGCCCGCGCGCCGCGCCCGGCGCAUGGGGCGGCGCGACCGUGGCGGGCGAGGGCCAGGGGGAAGUGGCGACGGGGAAUGACUUGCUGGCCAAGUGGAAGGCCCGCAUCGCAUGGAAGGACGUCAUGGACGACAAAGUGGACGGGCGUAUUAUUGCCGCCUUGCUCAAAAAGAUCACCCGCCCCCACCCGACGGCUGCCGCCCAGGUCUUGGACAGCGCGAGGGCCAUGGCCCAUGCAGGUGCCACGUUCCCCAGUGGCACGAAGAACGCCCUGGUGACCACUAGGUUGCAGAGCUUUGACACCCGCGCCCACGUCUCCGCCUUCGUCCGCAUUGCGACGCCCAUUCGGAAGACCGGUGGCCCCUUCAACCCAGAGGAAGCCACGUUGGCCACCGCUGUUGACGACGAGGACGAGCGCGCGAAGGUAUUCACAGGCACGGUCCUGGAGACGGCCGUCUGCAACGCCAUCGCCAAGGGCCCCUCGCUGAAGGCUUUCGUGCGCGGCGUCAUCUCUGGGCUCAUCGCGGACAUCCAAGACGUGGGCCGCGCGUGGGCCAUUCCCAUGAGCGAUGCCCCCUGCCUCGACGUGGCGCGGGAGACCUGCAGCUCUAUCUCCCGCCGCGUGGAGGCGAUGUGCUCCCAGGGCACGUCGGUCUUGCACUUCGCGGGCGCCGCAACGAAGAGGGCGUUUCGAUGGGCUGGCAGGGUCGAGGCGUUCAACGAGAAUGGGCCGUUCUUGCGGGGGAACCUGCAGGCGUUCCGCAUUGCUCGCGAGGUGGUGCUCAAAGCGAAGGCCGAGCCUGGCGGCGCCGGGAUUGACCUCGCCGUGUUGCGCGACUAUUGCGGCAAGUGCGCGGCGCGGAAGAUCGGGUUCCCAGCUGGCUUGACCGGCGAGUUCGAGUUGAUGCUGAAGCGUAUCGUCUGCUCGGUCUGCCUGGACUUGCAGAGCGACGCCCCCGCGCAGCUGCUUGCGCCAAUGGGGGCCAUGCAGGUUUCGAGUUUAGCCCAGGAGGCGUCUUUGUCCUUCGUCCUGGACGGCGUUGCCAACGCAGCGAGUUCGCGCGUGGCCACUUUCUCGUGCAAGAUGGAGGCGGCGACCAGCCAGGAUAAUUUGAUUAACGCGCGUAAGGGCCUGCUGCCGUCGGCCGACGCUCAGGCUGUUGCACGCGAUCCGUCGUUCAAGCAUGACUCGCUGGAGCGCGUUGCGGCGCUGUUCAGAAUCAGCCAGGCUGCCAUGAUGGGUUUUGUGAUCGAGUUGGCCGCGGACUCCGCGGGCGAGCACUCGGCCGAGUAUUUGUUCUGCUUGGAGAAGCCGCAUGCGACCCAGCGGCGCAAGGGCGCCGCCAUCGAGACAUGCACCGGCGCGAUUAAAGCUUGCAUCAGGUUGGGCUCAGCGCCGACUGUCGCCGAGGAGUUCAGCAAGAAGGAGGGCUUCGCCACCGUGGCUGCCUGGGCAGAGCACUCGCGCGCGCUGGGGCUGCGCGUGAAGAAGGCGAAGCUCAUGGUUCCGAAAGGCGGGCCAUGCCCCGAGGGACCGCCGCAGCCCUGCCUCGAGAAGGCAACCGCGUUGGUGGGCACUGCCGACGAGUUGAUCUCCAGCAGCGGCGCGGCUAACAUGGACGCGUCGAAGGCGACGCUCGUCCAGAAGUUCGGCGAGCCUCAGCAGAUGAGCAACGGCGCGGCGAACGGCAAGCCCCGGUGGGAAGGUUUGCCCGACGACGCUGACGCGAAGAAGACCAUUGUCCAGAUGAUGGCUGCCGCCAAGGGCAAGGUAGUCGACGCGCAGCGCAGCCUGGACGCCAGCAAGAAAGCGCGCGGUUUAAUGUCGGAGGCCCCCGAUGAAACCUUCACUAAGGGCAUCGAGAAGGAGUGCCUAAAAGCCCGCACCACCGUGACGGAGAAUCUAGCCGUCAUGCAUUGCGACGUCAACUCGAACGAUGCCGAUGCCAUGCGGCUUAUCCAGGAGCUGCUUGCUAACAUCCUCUCGCUCCCCGUCAUGGCCGCGGCGGGGGGAGCCGAGGGCGAGGACCCGUUCGCAGAGUUCAUCGCGCAGGAGCAGCCGGAGCAGGCGGACCCCAACGCGCAGCUGGCGGAGCUGGUCGCGUGCUCGAAGCGGCAGGAGCAGUUGCUCGGCAAGGUCUGCAGCCUGCUGGUGAGCCUGGACGAGAAGAUGGGACGAAUGGUGAGCGCACAGGAGGGCGUCGAGGCAGCCAUGCAGCGCAUGGCCGAUCAGGGCGGCGUCGCCGGCGGCGGCGCGGCCGCCUCCCACCCUGGUGGGGGGCCGCUUGCGGCCGGCAAGCCCGUGCAGCGCGGCAGCAUCGUGAAGCCGCCGGGCGCGCGCGACAUGCCUGCAGGCGGCGCCGCUCCGGCGGCGGCGCCCGCGGCGAGGUCCGCGGAGGCCCAGCAGGCCGCCGCGGAGAAGCUCGCGGCCGAUAAGCUCCGCAUCGAGGAGGAGGCCCGCCGACGUGCAGAGGAACUGGCCCGCAAGCGUGCGGAGGACGAGCAGCGCAAGCGCGAGGAGAUGGAGCGACAGCGUGUCGAGGAAGAGCGGCGGCGAGAGGAGGAGCGACAGCGGAAGGAGGCACUGGAAAAGAAAACCAAUGGUCUGAUGUCGAACCUCAUCGCUGGCAGCGGCGGGGGCCUGUUCGGCGACGACGACCUGGGCAGCAAGAAGAAGACCAAGGGCGGGCUGUUCGACGACUGA